AUGGCUGGCAGGCCUGUGCCCCCCGGACGCCAGGAGGAGGAGGCCAAAGACCAUGGGCUGAAACUAUCACCAGCGCGGCCUCUAGGCCACCUGCCCAGCAUCGAUGAAACCCGACCAGCUGGCCUGGGCCCGGCCUCCCGCUGUGGCUCCGUGCUAGGGCCGGUCUUCUUUUCACGCCGCAACUCGCUGGCAGGGCCAAGUGCAGGCCCUGGGGGUCGACGCCCAUCCCUGGGCCCCGUGCCCCCUCUAGGCUCGCGGGUCAGCUUCUCUGGCUUGCCCCUGGCGCCCGCCCGCCGGAUGUCGCCUUCGUACCGCACGGAGCCGGCGCUGGGGGAGCGCUGGGAGGCCGCGCGCGCACAGCAGGCCCUGGAGGCGACGUUGGCCGAGGGACUGCGGGACGCGUGCUACUCGGGCGCGGAGGCCGGGCGGCUGGCGCAGGAGCUGUGUGAGCUGGUGCGCAUGCGCCUGCGCGAGCUCAGCCCGCCGCGCUACAAGCUGGUGUGCAGCGUGGUGCUGGGGCAGCGCGUCGGCCAGGGCGUCCGCGUGGUCAGCCGCGCGCUCUGGGACGCCGCGCGCGACGGGUUGGCCUCGGCUGCCGUCACCAACGCCUCGCUCUUCGCCGUGGCCACGGUCCACGGACUCUACUGCGAGUGA